UACACCCUGUUUCGAUCUACGUGGAUCAGCUGUGUGGAGCCAUGGCUUGAAGACCAGCAUGUUAGCAUCUUGGUCUGAAAUUUACAGUAUCGUAAGAUAUUGACGCUAUGAACAUCGGCAAGUUUGAUGUACGCAUUCUGUGUUUUGUAGUCUUCAUGUAUGGCACUAGACCAUGUUGCGGUGUCCAGCUCACAGCCUAUGUCUCUCAGUCUGGCUUGCAUGGGGAGGUUGUCUUCCAGCAGCAGCCUGGGGGUGAAGGUACUGUGGUGGUACAGACAUCCCUUGAAGCAAUAGAUGAGCAGUCACAGUGGUCCUGGGUGGUGAGGGAACUGCCUGUCUCCUAUAGCAGCAUUGAGGAUAGGUGUGGGGAUGAUAAGUUGGGUUCCAUCACACUGAACUUGGAUGAAGUAUUUGGGCCUUUGGACCUGCCUGCCAAUGGUUCUGCAGUGUUGACAACUUCAGGUGACCAGUUUAUGGUAACAGGUGCCAAGGGCUUAUGGGGCAAGUCUUUGGUCUUGCAGAUGGUUGAUGACUCAUCACGCAAAGCCUGUGCCACCAUUACAGUGUCUGGAAAUGCUGACGAGAAGGUUGCAGAAGCAAAGUUCUUUUCACCAAUUGGUGGUUCUGUUUUCUUGCGCUGGGUUGGCAGCCAUCACUCGGGCUCCACAGACACUCUGCUGCUCACAAACCUGUACCACAUUGGGGUCCCUAAAGGCAGUAAACCUGUUGUCACUGAACAUCACUGGAAGAUAUACACAACAGAUAUCCUAGAUUCAGAAGCUGAUAAAUCUCGUGAGAACUGUAACUUCCUCCAGCUGGUGUUUGAUCCGCUAUUUUCAACAACUCCGGGCCAAGCAGUUGGAGACCUUGAUUCCCGCAUUGGCAAGGUAAAAGUUGCUGGAAGCCCAAGACUACUACACUCUUCAGUUGCCGGCGUAUACCACGAUUCGGGACUUACAUCAGUCUCCAUUGAUCUGCUGAGUGGACAGCGCAGUUUGUACCUCGUGAUCUUUGAUGCCAGACACCAUGACAGUUUUCUGGCUUGUGCAAAAAUACGUGAAAUUCGGCCUGCAGUCCUGAAGGCUUUGAUACAAUCAAGUGGAGUGAAAGGGGAAGUAACCCUCAGUCAACGAUCACCCUUUGAUCCAACAUGGAUUAGAAUGAAUCUGACUUCAGCCAAUGAGAAGCACACAGGUCAAGCAAUAAAAACAUCUGCCUACAAAAUUCAUGAACUUCCUCCAGUACCACUGCCAUCUGUUAAUGUCAAGGAGAACCAUUGCCUUAAAACUGGUUCUGUAUUCAAUCCAAGCAACAUACAAGAAGAUCAAGCCUCAGGAAGUCAGGAUACUUAUGCUGUAGGAGACCUCAGUGGUAAACACAACAUGUGGCGGCAAGAGCAGAGUUUUGCUGAACUCAGAGGUCAGCGCUGGGAUAUCUACCUCCCAAUGUUUGGUCAUCACAGCGUGGCCCACAGAUCACUUGUAUUUUACAGGAGGAAUGAAUCUGUCACUGCUUCAUCUGCUAAUUCCACCGAUGCUCCGUGGAUCUGUGGCACGCUGACUCGAUACAUUGCUGUUGACCGUGGUUGGAAGACUGCUAUAUCCACUGCAGGAGCGGUGUUUCGAUAUCCGACAGUAGGGCGCAUAAUAUUCCGCCAGGCAAGAGAUCAACCGUGGACUGACACGACUGUGAUAAUUGAGACUUUGGUCCAUGGUGAUGGAACUUCUCUUAACAAUACUGCUGACCACCGAUGGGCGGUACAUGUUGAACCACGAGGAAAAGAUUACUACAACUGGACGGGACGAUGUCUCAGUGCUGGAGAAAUCUAUAAUCCUUAUAAGAUUACAUUUGAUCCUAAGGAGACUGACUCUCUGUGCAGUCUGUCCCACCCUGGUUUCUGCCGGCUGGGAGAUCUGUCAGCCCGCCAUGGCACACUUAAUAUCGCAGGCAGGAAGGCAAAUGGGGAGAGGCUAACUCGACGCCUGUUCACUGAUGUGCACCUUCCUCUCAGUGGUGCUGCUAGUGUUAUGGGAAGGGCACUUGUGUUGUAUGAUGACAAUGGACCCAAAGCUAGAGGUGAAAGGUUGGCAUGUUCCACAAUAUAUGGGAUCUACAGAAGAAAAGCAGUGGUUAAAGAUUGGUAUGGAAAUGGAGACAUAACUCCUAUGAAAGGGAAGAUCGAAUUCUUUCAGCAGACAGAAUAUGAUGUCACAGACAUUGAGAUUGCUCUUGAAGGGCUAAAUGACAACAGUGGAUACCACAUACAUAUGACACCUGUGGAAGGCCACCUGGAGUUCCCCUGUGAGGACUCAUCCUUGUAUGGUCACUGGAACCCCCUGAAUGUAAAUCCUUCAUUGUCUGCUCCCCCGGGUACGGGAACAACUGAUCAGUAUGAGAUGGGUGAUCUGAGUGGAAAGUUUGGUUUGCUGAAUGGGUUGGUCAGUUUGGAUGUAGUUUACAAUGACACUCAACUUCCCCUAUUUGGAAUACAUGCCAUAUUGGGUCGCUCCAUCAUCAUUCACAAGAAAGACAGGAAUAUGCGCUGGGCAUGCUCGUCUAUUGAACGGGGUUAUGCUCCAGGAGAUGCUCGGGAACUGCGAGCCAUAGCAUCGUUCCAUCAUCCACUUGGCUAUGCCUAUGGUUAUAUAAGAAUGACACAGUUGGUUUACAAUGAUCGUAGCAAAAGCGAGACUGUCAUAGAAGUUAAUCUGCGGCAUCCUGGUAAACAUGAUCGCAAUUUGACACGGGACCACAACUGGGCAAUUUAUGUUAAUCCUGUGGGAGUGGACGCCACGGUGAAAGUGCAGGACACUCGAUGUGUGGCUGGUGGCUAUCGCUGGAAUCCAUACUACACCCAGCUUGCAGAUCCCCUGAAUGAUGAACUGUACCGUCAAGAAUGCAGUCCUGACAAUCCUCUUCGUUGCUAUGUAGGAGACAUAUCUGGACGUCUUGGAACAAUCAGUCUAGGAGACAAGAGACAGGUUUUCACAGACAGCAAUUUUCCUUUAGAGGGAGACAUUUCAGCGAUGGGGAGGUCAAUUGUGAUCUUCAACAAGGAUAAGGGAGGGGAGAGGUUUGCAUGUGCAAAUAUUGAGCCUGACAAAGACAUCAUCAAAUAUGCAAACAUACGCAAACCACCUAGAUUUGUUGUGGCCCAGUUCAUUGAAGAUGUCAGAGAGGUUAUGGGUCUCCCAGAAUGGAUGCUGACUUUUGACAGUCGUAAGACAAGAACAUUGCAUGGUGGAACUUGCAUCCAGUUUCUACUGCAUUUCAAAGGACCACAAGCCAAUCAACUAGAACAGGACUUCAGUCAGUUGCUUGCUAAUGGCUACCUUGCAUCUCCCAGUCUGUACAAUCCAGGUUAUGUACCAAGCAGCAAGAGGAAGACUCAUCUGUCUUAUAGACCAUGCGGAUCAAGAGAUCCCAAUGAUAAAAAUACCAAGAAGAAUUGGGCUGAUGGUGCAGAAUCAUGUAUGGAGUUGGUAUAUCUUCCAGUCAUAUUUAUCGUAGUAAGACAUAUUGUGUGAAUGUUGUGAACAUUUUUUCAUUUCAUAUGUUCAUCAUCUUUAUAUAAUUGGAAGAAUAUAACCAAUUUUGGUAUUUAUGUAUUAACAGGUGACCCAGAUAACUUCAUAAUUAUACAGCCAUGUUGUCCACAUUGUUAGUAAGUUUAUUUGUAAAUACAAAACCUAAAGCCUAAUAUUAGAAGGUUUUUAGAUAUUUAUUUAAAAAAAAGUUAAACUUCUAAAAGCAGAAUGAAAGGCAUAACAUUUUAAAAACAAGUCCAAAACCUAACCUUUUGGGUUUCUUGUUGGAUGCUUGCUCCAAGGUUAGGCUCUGAGUCUUACUUUAGAAAUAAGCUUCAGAGAUUGGCAGCACUAAUAUGACAGCAUGGUUGUAAAUUGUGAAGUUACUUGAAUCACCUACUAAUAUAUUAAGCACCCAGAUUUUCUUUAAUGUCUGUAUAUUUGUUGAAUAAAUGUUUCUGUUUUGACUGAC